AUGCCGAUCCAAUGGAUCCAUCGUUUCGACAUCGCAGCUCACGUGCCUUUGGAGGGCACCAUCACAUAUGCCGCCCUGGCAGCCUCCGCACGCGUCGACGAAGCCCUCCUGAAGCGCCUGCUGCGCUCCGCGAUGCUCUCCGCGCACCUCUUCCGCGAGCCCGAACCCGGUCGAGUCGCCCACUCCGCCUCGUCACGUCUGCUCGCCCGCGACGCCGACCUGCGCGGUCUCCUCGAGUUCGAGCUGACGAUCCUCGCGCCGGCCCUCGCGCGGACGGUAGAUGCCCAGCGGAAGUGGAAGUUUAGCGAUGCGCCUACGCAUACGGGUUUCAACCUUGCGCUGGAGUAUCCGGAUCGGCCGUUUUAUUCGUUUGUGGCUGAGCAUCAGGAGAAGAGGGAUGCUCUUGAUGGGGCUUUUGUGGAGUUUGCUCGCACGGAGGGGUGGGCGAAGAAACAUCUGCUUUCGGGGUUUGAUUGGGAUAGUCUACCUGCUGAGGGCAAGAUCGUGGAUGUUGGCGGCAGUUUGGGGCACAACUCGAUGUUUCUGGCCAAAGAGUUUCCAAAGUUCAAGUUCGUCGUGCAGGACCUACCAGGCGUCGCCACCGAAGGAAAGAUGCGCCUACCAUCCGACAUGGCCAACACCAUCUCCUUCCAAGCCUACGACUUCCUCACCCCGCAACCCAUCCAAGACGCCGACGUGUACUUUUUUCAAAACGUCUUCGUCGACCACUCCGACGACGAAGCCGUCUUGAUGUUGCGCAACACCAGAAACGCGAUGAAGAAGCCCGGCGCGAAACUCAUCAUCCGGGAGCCUGUUGUCCCUGAGCCCGGGACGAUUCCUGUGGAGGAUGAGUUGAGGAUUAGAACAUUUUCGGCCAUUGGAGAUGCUGGCGAUGAACUCGACGCUGAGGAGAUGUUUGGCGCAUUGCCUUGA